UGAAAAUUGUCAAUACAUUCAAAAGUGGUCUCGUUUUGUGGUUUUGGAGGAAGUGUUGAAGUGAUUGGAUGUAUUGGCAGUGAUGGGUGUCUCGCAGUCCAAAGACUUCGAUACAUCCAAAUUGAACUCUUUUUGGACAGUCAUCGGCUUAUCUCAUGACCCGAUCCACACAUUUGUCGUAACGCUUGAAUUGUGCCCAGAGAUGUGGUAUCACGUCUUCUUGUGGUCUCUCUUCUCAUCCAUAAUCAUACAUAUAUUGGCGUCGAGUAUAGCGUUUGGAUCGCUUCGUCGGCAUAAGAGUCUUAGAUUUGGUCCAAUCCUUGUGCUGAUGGCCGGAAUCGUCACUCCAUUGACGGCAUAUUCGAUAACGUCUGCGGCAGUGGCCGGUGUCCACCGCGCGGCCAGUUUCCAGAUGUAUCCGCUGUACGCCAUGUUCUGGGGCUGCGGACAAACUCUGGUCACUCUUGUCUUCUCAUUUACCAGAGUCUUAGCCACGCUU